AUCAUCGACCGACCGGUCGUUAAUGCAAAUGACAGUUUUGCGGUUACACGGCCCCGUAACACUCUUCCGUUGUAUUGUAAAGAAAAAAGAAUAUGCAUGCUGACAGUCUGUGUAAAUUCGACGAUAAUUCGUAUUUUAGCAUCAUCGCUCCAUAUGAUGCCUGUCUUGCAUGAUAAGCGGCAGAUGCCUCAAAGCGACGUUAUCAGACCGAUUUCUACCGCCUGAUCAAAAGAUCAUGAUAGAAUAGCACCUUUUGAGCCGAGCCACCAUUAAAGGCAAUCGUCAAAAUGAGUAUCAGUGCUGCUGCCGAAUUAUUCUACCUGCUAGAAUCCAAUAAACUUGGAGAGGUCGAGGAGAUCAAGAAAGUAUUUCACGAUCAUUUCUUAUGCACUAAGGACAAUUGGUUGGUAAGUGGAUUAUUUGAUUAUUAUCUCUCCACAAAUUCCUUAAGGACUGCCGAAGUAUUAGCAGGAGUUCGAGAUCCACAUGACAAGCAUCUGUUGGAUCGUUUAUCGGAUGUCUUUUCAAAACCUGGCAAUAGCGGACAAAGAAUACAAGCGCUCACAUUACUUGGGCAUAUAGCCAGACGUCAGCCUACUUGGUUGUACAAGCUAGCCAAUCAUGCUUUAUUCAGAGAUCUACUUAAAUUACUUAAGGUGGAGGCAGAUAUAUUACCACUUAUGAGUGCCCUACUUUUGUUAGUGAUGUUGUUACCAAUGUUACCUGCUGCUCUAGGGCCAUAUUUACCAGAAAUAUUUGAGGUAUUUGGCCGUUUGGCCUCUUAUUAUCAUUAUCAGUCAUCUUUACUUUCUUCUUCUACCCCUUUUACUUCAACCAGUACAGUACCGAACGUCAUCGACAAGGACCAUUUGUACCUCAUACAUUUGCAGGUAGGAUUAUACAGCUUAUUUCAUAGACUGUAUGCGAUGUAUCCUUGCAACUUUAUAUCAUACUUGAAACAACAAUACAUACAACGCGAUCAAUUGGCUACAUUUACUCAUACUAUUAGACCUAUGUUGGAUUCUGUACGUAUGCAUCCUUUGCUCGUUACAGCAUCCAAGGAUGCAGAAAUUUCAGCCACUAGGUGGAAAAAGAUGGAACAUCACGAUAUUGUGAUAGAAUGUGGCCGUUUUACAUUAGACAAAUGGCGAGAAGAAAUUUUAAGCGUAGUUAAUUCUCGGUGCACUCCACCUCUAGAUCAAUCUUCCACUACUUGUGCGUCGAUAAAUAUCUGCGGAGGAGUAACAACUGUAGAGAUAAGUAAUGGGGAAGAUGAUACAUUUUGGUCACCCAGCAUGGCAGUGUCACCACAUAGUCCACCGUUUCAAAAUACAUCCCACGAGCCACGCUCUGCCCCGCCGACGCCUAAUAAUAAUAGAAGUGGUACUUCACCGCCCGAGGCUGCUAUCGAAGCUACUCCUGAAACUACUCCUGUUAAGGAUCUACGAAAAUUAACAACGAGGCAAGCGCCUUUGGGAUCUAAUGCAGUUCGUGCUCUAAAUGCGUUGAGCAACAGUGCAUCUUCUCGGCCAUCAACGCCCACUUCGAUAAAUUCCUCUUCUACUGGUGCAGUGAGAAGCAUGGAUAUCGUAGGAAAUGCACAUGGAUUUCUGUCGCAUAGACUAAGUAAGAUUAUGACCGAUAGACAAAGUGUUCUUCAACAGCCACAAAAAUUAGUGAGUAAUAACGAAGAAAAUGGAAGGCUCUUAGACAUGGCGAUAAGUCAAAACGGGAAGAAUGAUUCUUGGCAAGAAGAUCAAGAGGUACUGGAGAUAGUUAGUUCACAUGGAAAUGGAACAAUUGAAAUGCCAAAAUACGUCGAAUUACAAUCCGAAGCACGAAAUGACAAAAAUACAGUUAGUGCUCUGGCCGAUUCGAUAUCGCAAAAAAUUUAUGAACUUCGACUAUAUUCUCAAUGUCAUUUCCCGUCGGAGGAUUCAAAUGUAACACACAAAAUUCGGCACUCUAAAUCUUGUCCGGAUAUGGAAAUGCAGAAAAAAUGUAAUAACGAAGACGUAAUAAAUCCAACCAAAUUAAUAGGAACGGCGAAAUGCGAGGAUGUCAGCAUUCAAACGUGUGAUCUAUUUCCGUAUGAAUAUCUUUUCCUGGGAGUGUUAGAUCAGAAUAUCCAAAAUUUUAGCCAAGAGGGCUCUGACUCAAGACUAUCACCAAUCAGCAUGCUCGAUCAGUAUAUCGAGACUUGUACAAGAGUGAAUAACUUCUCUAACAAAACGAGAACAAACAAUACCAGGCAGAGGCAAAAGAAAAAAGGGGAGGAGGAUGCAGAAGAAGAAGGAGGAGACGAUGAUAGUAUAGAUCCAACCUGCACUAAUCAAUUACUUCAAUUAAUGCAAAUGCAACUGCAAUUUGAAAGGCAAAGACGAGAGGUCCAUGCCGAACGUAAUCGACGUUUGCUCGGUAAAUCGAGGGAAGAGCAUAAUCUUGCUUUGACCGAUCGGUUAAAAAUGGUAGAAAGAGAAGUGGAAGCGUUGAAAGCACAACUGGAACAUAAUAAAAAGGAAGCACAUCAAGCUGAGGAACAAUACAAAGAAACUAUGCAUCAUUGGCAAACUAAAUGCAUCGAAGAACAACGACAAAGUCAUGCAUUCAAGGAACGCUUAGAAUGUCUUGAAUUGGAAUUGAAAAGCGAACAAAAAAAAGCGACUGAAAUACAACAACAACUUCGUUCUACCGAGGCGGAACUAUUCAAUGCGGGACACCAAUUAAAAGCAGCUCUAAAAGCUGCGGAUCGUGGUAAAGAACUGGAACGCAUUGUGGAUAUUAUGCAGAAAAAAUUUGUACUUCUAGGAGAGGCCCAAUUAAGACUUGAAGAAAAUACAAGUAUUCUUUCACCGACGGUUAAACAAGAAGCGACACAAGUUCAAAAAUCUUAUACAGAAGAAUUAAAUAAUAUUCGGCGACAGUUGGAAUCGCGAACAUCGCACUUGGAAGCACUGAAGGCACGUUUAAGCGAGUUAGAAAAUAAAGAAGCGCGCAAAGAGACUCAGUUAGUGGAUUUGCAACGACUCUUACAAGAAACGAAGGAGCAGCACGCGUUCGAGUUGGGAGCUGUCGAAUCAAAGUAUCGAGCGCAGGUGGAGAUCAAUCUGCUACUGGAAGGUCGUAUACUCGAGCUUCACGGCAAAUUGGAGACCGCUACGUGUUCCAAUGCUUCGCUCAUGGCAAAUCCCGCUUCCUCAGCGUCGCCUAAAGAACGAUCACCGCCUCUAUCGACCAGUUUGGCUUCGUCCAGCGAGGGCAGCCUCGCGUUCAUCCAUCCAGGCGGCGGAAUCAUCAUGAACGAUUGUUGCGAGACCGCGACAGGCGAAAUCUCCAAUCUGCAAGCUAUGAUAGAACCCUCGAAUAGCGGUCGAGCCACUUCGCCGUCAUGUUCCCUCACCCAACGAUUAUCGAUGCCGAAACAAGACUAAAUGCCACUGGAAAGCAAAAACCGUUUCAUGUAUCGUCGGUAAACGAUAUACACGGAAUUUACACGAAGAUUAUACACGUUGCAGUACGAACAGUAUGAGAAAAGUUAUUUGUAGCUUUUUAUUGAUAGAAUUUAGACAAGAUUCGGAAGAAAGUUGCUAAUUAACUGAUUGCGAUCAAAAAGGCAUGCUCUAUAACAAUUUGUUAUUCAGUAAUCUCUGGAAAAUGGAUUCAUAGUGAAAAUAAAUGGUUGAGAUAUUUUGCUGACCAA